AUGUCUGCGGAGAUGCACUUGGGAGGGAGGGAGGGAGAGUCAGAGGAGGCAGAGAAGAGUCGUCCAGAGAGGCUUGGGAGCAGCAAAAAACUUCAAAGGGAAAGCGCUCAGAAGGAAUUGGAUACUGAGGAUCGAUCAUCCAUAGAGAGAACAGCAAACCCAAAACGACAAGGCGCCACCUUGUUGGGGGCGUUUACGCGCGAUGCAGAGCGUCAAGAUGGGUGGGAUAAAGGGCCUUGUAAGAGUCUGAAACAACAGUUUCAGACAGGAAGCGCAGAGAGGGAGGGCUCACAGAAAGAGAGAGAGAGGGAGCAAGGCUAUCGCUGGAGAGGCGAGUCUUUGGGUGGAGCCCCGCGACGAAGCCCCUCGGGGGGGGCCCCCCGCGGCUGAGGGGCCCCCCGCGGCUGAGGGGCCCCCAGCGGCUGAGGGGGAGACUUUGAUGUCGCAGGAUCAAACUCUAAUUGCCAUCCUUGGCAGCAGCAACAGCAGCAGCAGCGACAGCAGCGACAGCAGAAGAGACAGCAGCAACAGCAGCAGCAGCGACAGCAGCGACAGCAGAAGAGACAGCAGAAAAGACAGCAACAGCAGCGACAGCAGCGACACAGCAGUGCUAGCAACAGCAGCAGCAGCAGUGCUAGCAACAACAACAAUACCAGCAACAGCAACAGCAAUGCUAGCAACGUGGCUGCAGCUGACGUGCAAGCGGAGAGUUUGCAGUUGCUGCAAUGGGAAGGGGAGGCAGAUGGCUGCAGGGAGGGCAAACGGAGGCUUACUACCGACUGUAUUCUCUUGUACUCUCUUUCGCUGCGACUUCUUGAAGCCUUAGCGCAUGUUGCUGCUGCGCCUCUCCAGCAGCAGGAUCGCGAGGAAGGCGCAAGUGCAGCAGCAGCAGCAGCAGCAGCAGCUCGAGUUCACUGCCACGCAAGAGUCAGGCGGCGAUGGCGGCUUCUUUUGAGUGAAAGAUGCAACAGCUCCGGUGCGAAGGAGGCGACAAAGGCUGCAUGUGCAGCAACGGCAGCUGCAGCGACGGCACCAAGAGCAGCAGCAGUUGCAGCUGCUCAGCAGCAGCAGCAGCAGCAGCAGCAGCAGCAGCAGCAGCAGCAGCAGCAGCAGCAAGAGCAGCAACAGCAGCAGCAACAGCAGCAAGCGCAGCAGCAGCAGCAAGAACAACAGCUACAGCAGCACGUACAGCGGACGCCGCUUCAGAGACUCUCCGCUGCAGGACCCCCUGUUACACCCGCCAUCGCCGAAGCAGCAAUAGCGACAAGAGCAAUAGCGACAACAGCAACAGCAAUAGCGACAACAGCAACAGCACUGACAGCAUGCCGCUUCCGAUGGGCGUGA